UGGAGAUAGAUACAAGUAGGACGAAGGGUUCAUUAGACGAAUAAAAGUUUUUUUUGUAGUUCUCUCACUCCCUUUGAUUGUCUUUAGAUGGUUAAGCUGUAAAAAUAUAAAACUAUUCAGUAAUGAUAAUCAUGAAUAAAUAGUUAUUUCAUUUAUGGAAUCAACUAAUUUUUACUUACAAAAUCCUUAAUGCAGGUACAUGUUUGUAGUUGCCAUAAGAAAUGAUAUGUCCGUUUUGUAUAAUAAUAUAAUCUUUAAGAAACAUAGUUGAUUCGUUUUUACACAAAUAAACUGAACGAAAAAUUUGCAAACCAACUAGUAGUUAUACACAAAAUUUGAUACACACAUUUGCACACACUAAAAUGUAUAUUGUACCAUUGAAAAUUUGUUUAAAUCUUUAUUUUCAACAACAAAAAAGACAAUAAUAAAAUAAAGGUGAUUUAAUAAUCUACUAUGCGUGUCAGAGCACAAUCAUCACAAUAAAUAACUUUUUUAUUCAGAUAAUCAAAAUAAAGAUGUGUAUAUUGUUUAAUACCUAUCAAUGUAAAUUAAAUUAAAAAUAGUCAAUUCAACCUGUAAACCAUCUAGUUCAUUGUAUCACUUCUUAUGUAAUAACCUAUUUAUCAUUAUUUAAAAAGAUGGAUAUUUUCUGUAUAACUAAAUGUCUUACAUCAAUUCAUACUAUAAUUAUGAAAAAAUGUAUAACUUUAUUAAUUAUUUAUGGACUGAUAACUAUUACAAUAUCUCCUACAAUUAUAACUUGUCAAAAGAUUAGUUGGGGCCUUGUUCAUUCAAUUUCACAACUGAGGGAAUUACUUAUCACAGAUAUACCAGAUGAUAAUCUUCAAUCAAACAGUUUAUUACAAUCUUCAGAGAAUAAUAAUGUUAAACAGAAACAUGAUUCUAUUGAUGGUGAUUCAACAUUAGUAAAUAGAUUAGAUAAAAAUAAUCACAAUACUGAAGUAUAUCAUCGUCAGACAAAUUCUGACUUACGUUUUGUAGAAGCAUCAAAAUCACAAAGUUUAAAUUAUCCACAAACAAACAGAAAUUAUAUGAAUCCAGAUUUAAACACAGAUAAUUAUAAUCAUGAACGAUUAAAUCAAACUCAGUUAAAACAAACAAUUCAAGAUAUGAACAAUAAUAAUGACAAUAUGAUGACAACAGAAACAUUUGUCGGUCCCGAUGGAAAAUUACAAAUGAGUAUAUGUGAUCAUCCGAAUGGAUUUUUACGAAGACAAAAAAAAUUAUGCCGUCAGUAUUUGCAUUUAAUGGAAAGUGUGAUACGUGGUUAUUUUAUGGGUUUAAAAGAAUGUGAAUAUCAGUUUUCUGCACACCGAUGGAAUUGUCAAGGUCAUAAUUUAACUAUUCGAACAGCACCGAAUAAUCGAAUACAGAAACGUCUAAGAUAUAGAGAAUCUGAACCGAAGAAUGAUUUGGAUAAUUCACAAAGAAAAUCUAUACGCAUACAAACAUACUUAGAUAAACUAUUAUCAAAAGGUACAAGGGAAUCUGCUUAUGUUUUGGCUGUCACAUCGGCUGGUGUGUCACAUGCAGUCACUAAAGCAUGUAGUAGUGGUUUACAUGAUAAUUGUGGAUGUGACAGGACAAUAUAUGAUCAUCCUAGAGAGCCGAAUUUUGAAUGGUCCGGCUGUUCAGACAAUAUAUAUUUCGGAGCAGAAUUUUCAAGACAAUUUCUCGACGUGCGUGAACGCAACAGGUUGAAGCGUAAUCCGAAAUUAGGCCUAACCAAUUUACAUAAUAACUAUGUAGGAAGACAUAUGGUUAUCAAUAAAAUGGAAGUUCAGUGUAAAUGUCAUGGUGUAAGUGGAUCAUGUGAGAUGCGUACAUGCUGGAGAUCGCUACCGAAAUUUCGACAUUUAGGUGCACAACUACAAGAAAGAUUUCAUGAAGCUAUACAGGUCGCUUAUAUGCAAAACCGUUUGGUUUCAAUGAAAGCUUUAGAAAAAUUAAAUAAAGAAUCAAACGGAAACGCGCUUUUACUUUCGCACCCCGCUUUAUUAUCAUCGUCAGUAUCUGGAGCAUCAUCAUCUUCUGGAGCAGCAAUAUCAUCACGAGUUAAUCGAAAUACCUUAGAUUCGUUAAGUAGUUCAACAUCACUAUCUCCAUCAUCUUUACCAUCACCAACAGAAAAUGAUUUAAUUUAUAUAAGUGAAUCACCAACAUUUUGUCAUCAUGACCCGCGGUACGGCAGUAUCGGUACAUAUGGACGUCAAUGUGACGAAAAUUCCCAAGGUUUAAAUAGUUGUCAUUAUUUAUGCUGUGGUCGAGGAUUUAAACGGCAAACAUUUGUUCAACAGGAAAGAUGUGAUUGUAAAUUUCAAUGGUGCUGUAAAGUUGUCUGUAAGACAUGCCGUAAAACAGUGGUCAUAUCCACAUGUAAUUAAUAACUAUGAAUAUGCACAUAUAAAUGGAUCAUUUUACGGUUUAAAAUCAUUUUAUGUGUUUGUUUUCACCUUCGUACACUAAAUUUCCUACCUCUAUGAUUCUCUUCACAUCUAUUCCGAAAAUGCUUUUCCCCCAUUCUUGUAUUACAAAAAUGUCUGUAUUGAAAUUGGAUCCAUUGCUAACAGUGACAAAAUAGCAAUCACAAUCAUCAUGAUACUAUCAAAAUGCCUAGACCCAACAAGAGAGAUUACAAUCAAUUGCGACAUGUUGAAAACAAAUAAAAAAAACUCAUCAAGUUGUUGGUAUUUUACUCCAUGAAAGAAAUUAGAAGACCAUCAUGAAUAAUCAGAAAUAAACUUUUUUAAUGAGUUUAGUGUGAGUAGUACAGAAAACUGAAAAAGACCAAAAUAAACAAAUGAAUAUACAUAAUUUACUGUUUUUCUCAAUACAUUUUUUCUUGUUCUCCGUUUUUGUUGUAAAUGUUUAUUUUCUUAAUAUACUAACUAUAACAUGUGUAUAUUCUAUUUAUAGUCACUCAUUCACCAAAUCAAUCAGUUAAUCACAAUUCAUUAUUCAUAAUCUUUAUAUGAUAAAACAAAGCAUAAAAUGAACACCAUGAAUGAUCAUAAUACAAACUCAUCUGUUGUAUUUUAAUAUACAAAUACAUAUUCAUUUUGAUCUGUCCAAUAUACAAACAUGUAAACAUUCAGCUAUUUAUGAGUAAAAAAAUACAUAGUGAAAGGUUAAGUUCUG